GGAUCACUGGACAAAUCUACACCUCCUGUGCCCAUAACACACCGCAAUUGAUGGACUAUUAUUCCCUUUUUUCUUUUUGUCUAAAAUGGAAGAGAAAGGAGUUUCAGUAAUUUUUUCUGUCCUCUUCUUUGUCUCUAUUCUGACACCUUUUGUCAUCGGAGAUCUAAGCUAUUCCAUUCCAGAGGAGUUGAAACGAGGAUCUAUAAUAGGAAAUGUUGCUAAAGACCUUGGACAAGACUUAAAUACAUUUUCACUUCGAAAGGCCCGUGUUGAUUCUGAAGGUAAUCGGAAGCGCUAUUGCGACGUUAAUAUGAACACCGGGGAUUUAAUAAUAUCAGACAGAAUUGACAGAGAAAGCAUUUGUGGAAAGAAACCAUCGUGUAUCGUAAAAGUAGACCUCGUCCUAGAAAACCCUUUGGAGCUUCAUCGUGUAAGUCUUCACGUACAAGAUGUGAACGACAAUAUUCCCAAAUUUAGAGUAAAUAAGAUUGAAAUGGAAAUAAGGGAGUCUUCUGAAAGGGGGAAUCGCUUCUCCAUAGAGGAGGCCCACGACGCAGAUAUAGGUCAAAAUGCAGUGCAAAGAUACAUGUUAGAAAAAAACGAUAAUUUCAUUCUUUCUGUGGAUAGUAACAAAGUCGAAUUAGUACUAGAAAAUAAACUUGACCGAGAGAAACAAAGGGAAAUAAAUUUACUUCUAACAGCUUUAGAUGGCGGAUCUCCCCAUAAAUCAGGCACUGUAGUCAUCCAUGUCACAGUGCUAGAUGCUAAUGAUAACGCCCCAGUGUUCACUCAGGCUGUAUAUAAGGCAAAUUUGCCUGAAAACUCACCACCAGAAACAAUAGUGAUUACUGUCAGCGCUUCUGAUGCAGAUGAAGGAGUGAAUGGAGACGUUACCUAUCAUUUUGCUCAUCUAUCUGAUCAAGAUAUAAGUUUAUUUUCCGUCGAUUUGAAAACUGGGCAGGUGAAAGUAACUGGUGUGAUUGACUUUGAAGAAAUUAGCUCUUUUGAAAUGAAGGUACAAGCAAAAGAUGGAUUAGGGUUAACCUCUUAUGCUAAAGUGUUAAUAGACGUAAAUGAUUUGAAUGAUAACCCGCCAUAUAUCUAUGUAAAGUCAUUAUCCAAUCCCAUACCUGAAAAUGUGUCACCAGGAGCAGAGAUUGGAAUCAUUAAUGUGCAGGACAGAGACUCUGAUAAAAAUGGACAGGUUCGCUGCAACAUCCAAGAAAACGUGCCUUUUAAAUUGGUUCCGUCUAUAAAAAACUAUUAUUCUUUGGUGACUACAUGGGAACUGGAUCGUGAACUAGUGUCAAAUUACAAUAUUACAAUCACAGCUACUGAUGAGGGCUCUCCACCUCUCUCCUCAUCUAAAAUAGUUCAGUUAUCUGUAGCUGAUAUCAAUGAUAACCCACCUGUGUUUGAGGAACAGUCCUACAGCGCACAUAUGAGUGAAAAUAACAAACCUGGCUCCACUUUAUGUUCUGUUUCUGCUCGAGACCCAGACUGGAGACAAAACGGUACAGUGAUUUAUUCUCUGUUACCUGCUGAGGUAAACGGUGCCUCGGUGUCAUCUUAUUUAUCUGUUAAUGGAGACACAGGGGUGAUCCAUGCUGUGAGGUCAUUUGAUUAUGAACAGUUCAGGAGUUUUAAAUUCCAAGUGAUGGCUAGAGACAAUGGUUCCCCUCCACUCAGCAGCAACGUGACCAUCAGUGUGUUCAUAUCGGAUGUGAAUGACAACUCUCCUCAGAUUCUCUAUCCCACCCUGGAGGGAAGCUCCUUCAUGACUGAGCUGGUCCCUAAAGCUGCACAUGGAGGCUCUCUGGUCUCCAAAGUCAUAGCAGUGGACGCAGAUUCUGGACAGAAUGCCUGGCUGUCCUAUCAUAUAGUCAAAGCCACUGAUCCUGGGCUUUUCGUUAUUGAUCUGCAUAGUGGAGAGAUCAGGACGCAGCGGGACAUUUUAGAAUCUGACAGCAUGAAACAGAACCUGAUUGUUGCAGUGAAAGAUAACGGACAGCCCUCUCUGUCUGCCACCUGUUCCAUGUAUUUACUUAUUUCUGAUAACUUGGCUGAAGUGCCCGAACUGAAAGAUGUUUCUUAUGAGAAGAACUCCAAACUGACAUUUUAUCUGAUUGUGGCGCUGGUGUCUGUGUCCACCUUCUUUCUGACCUUCAUCAUCAUUAUUCUGGGUUUGAGGUUUUGUCGGAGAAGAAAGCCCAGACUGUUUUUUGAUGGGGCUGUUACCAUCCCUGGAGGGUAUCUACCUCCUAAUUACGCAGAUGUUGAUGGCACUGGAACUUUAUGCAGCGCCUACAAUUAUGACACCUACCUGACAUCAGGCUCAAGAACAAGUGACUUUAAGUUCAUAUCAUCUUGCAAUGACAACACGCUACCUGCUGACCAGACUCUAAAUAAAGCUCCUGCCGAGUUUGCAGAUCCUUUUGAAGCACUGGAGGCACCUGGAGAGAAAACUGCUAACGCCUUGUCACGAAAGCUGCUCGGCACUUGA